GGCAGACGCUCUGCAACCACAGUCAUAGGACCAGAAAAGCGUAAACAACACACACAGAUACACACACACACACACACACACUUAGACUUAAAAAACAAAGUGCGAAACAAACGUAAGACAUCGGAAGCUCUCUGCUAACUUUAUGGAUUGAAAAGUUAAGAGAUCAGCCAUCCACUGCAGGGCUGAGCCUCAAGCAUCUUCAGAAACAGCAACCUCGUUUUUACACCCUGACCAGAACAGGACGCCACUGUUUGCUUUUGUUUUCAACCUAGAAAACAGUGUUUUUGACUAACAAGACAGAUCUUCAAGGUGAAGAUGAGGAAGUCGGAGAUGUUUGGAUUCAGCUUGGAAACAGAUGACAGGACGAAGGAAGAGCUGCUACGGGACAAACCUACAAAGAAGGGUGUUGAUUUCCUUCGGGGCCAGGAAACUGCAGAGCCUCCUAUGGACACUGAUUAUCAUGAGGAGAAGGAGAAGCCUGCACCUCAACUCAGAUUUAAUUUAGGAUUUGACAAACUGGCUCGAGGUAAGGAGCAGAAUAAGAGGGACACCAGGUUCACCAGGGACCUCUUGUUUGAGGCAGCAGCGAGUGGUGAUGUUCAAAAACUUGAGGGUCUGGAGGAUUAUCUGCGUUUGAACAUGAAGAAUCUGUCGGACUCCCUCUAUCAGUCCUAUGGUAAAACUCCUCUGAUUAAAGCACUGAUGCAUCUCAAAGAUGGCAAAAAUAAGACAGUUGAAAUAUUCAUCAACACUGCAAAGAAUAUUGGUGACCUUGAGAAGUUUGUGAAUGCAGCCCACACCAGCAACUACUACAAAGGUCAAACAGCUCUGCACGUGGCCAUAGAGAGAAGGAGUCUUCCCUAUGUGCAGCUGCUGGUCAACAGUCACGCAGAUGUUCACGCCAAAGUGUCCGGAAAGUUCUUCCAACCACAUGACGGGCCAUGCUUCUACUUUGGUGAGCUGCCUCUGUCUCUAGCAGCCUGCACGAACCAGCCUGAAAUGGUGGACUACUUACUGAAGAAUGAGAUUCAGAGAGCCGAUCCUGAGCAGAGGGACUCUCAUGGCAACACUGUGCUUCAUGCCCUGGUUGCGGUGGCUGACAACUCAAAGGAGAACACGGAGUUCAUAAACAGCAUGUACGAUCGCAUCCUCAAGAUCACAGCGAAACUGCAUCCAAAGAAGAAGCUGGAGGACAUUAAGAACAACAAAGGGCUGUCACCUCUCCUAAUGGCUGCAAAGACAGGCAAGAUUGGGGUGUUUUCACACAUCUUGAAGCGGGAGUUUCAUGAGAGCGACAUCAAACAUUUGUCCCGUAAAUUCACUGAGUGGGUUUAUGGACCUGUUCAUUGCUCCCUGUAUGACCUGGCCUCAGUGGACUCCUGUGAGAACAACUCUCUUCUGGAGAUACUUAUCUACGGCAGUGACAUCCCCAACCGACAUGAGAUGUUACAGACAGAGCCGUUGAGCCAGAUGUUGCAGGCAAAGUGGAAAAAAUUUGCUGGCGGAAUGUUUUUAAUCAACUUCCUGGUCUACUCACUGUAUCUGACCAUCUUCACCUUUGUAGCCCACUAUAUCAGAGGCACAGCAGAAUACCGUGAGUUUCCCUUUCCUUUAAAAAGCUACGAUGACUACUUGUUCGCCACGGGUCUACUGCUGACACUUCUGGCAAACCUAUUUCUCUUUAUAGCAGGGAUCACCGACAUGUGGAGGAAACGGCCAAAUAUGAUGACUGUGCUGAUUGAUGGAUACUACGAGAUACUCUUUUGUGUGCAGGGCCUCUUCUACCUGUGUUUCGCUGUGCUGUAUGUGGCUGGACUGAAGGAGUACGUCUGCUUUCUGGUGUUGUGCCUGGCUCUCAGCUGGGUGAACGUGCUUUACUUCUCCAGGGGUUACCAGCACAUGGGCAUCUACAGUGUCAUGAUACAGAAGAUAAUUGUUUGUGACAUCCUGCGCUUUCUUUUCGUCUACGUUGUGUUUCUCUUUGGAUUUUCUGCAGCUGUGGUGACUCUGCUUAUCGUGCCUCCUGAAAAGCCCAGAAAUGCUACAAAGGGCAGGAGUUUUUUUACUACUCAAGCUCCUGGUGAAGACUGUUUCAUACCCACCUACAAAAACUUCUCCUUUACCGUACUGGAGCUCUUCAAGUUCACGAUAGGCAUGGGUGACAUGGAAUUUUCCCAGGCCUUUCAGUACACGGAGAUCUUCUAUUUUCUCCUUAUCGGCUACAUCAUCCUCACCUACAUCCUCCUCCUCAACAUGCUCAUAGCCCUCAUGAACCGCACGGUCGAGAACAUUACCAAGGAGAGCACCUGCAUCUGGAAGCUCCAGAGAGCAGUCACUAUCUUGGACAUGGAGAAGAGGCUGCCCUACUGUCUGAGGAAGAGGCUUCGCUGUGGCGUGGAAAAGAAACUUUGCACUGCUCUGGGAAACGACCAGCGCUGGUGUUUCAGAGUGGAGGAAGUCAACUGGAAUAAAUGGAACACCGACAUCGGCAAAAUUGAUGAAGAUCCCGGAUACUACGACCGCUCCCUGCAGCCCGGAUCCGAAACCCGCCCGAUCAGAAGACACAGAGGGAGGAGCUGGAAAAUAUUGUUCCCGGAGGCCAGUAGGCGGUUGCAGGGAUCUGAGUCGACAGAGAUGAGCACCCUGACUGUCUGAGGAAGGAAAAAAGGUUCACCGAGGAGGCUCAGCUUAGCUGACAGGAGCAACGAGCCAUUCAGACCCAAACGCACCGAUCCAGCUCAAUUCUUCAAGAAGCUUAACUGCCAAAUGAAUUCUUCCACGUGUCACAUCCUGGUUACAUUUCAAUGUUUCUUAGUUAAGCACAAAAGAGGAGUUCUCCUGUUCAGAGAUUAAUCUGUAUUAUGGAUGUUUUAAACUGCAAUAAGUGUUGAUUAUGUCCAUGAAAACCUGCAUUUUAGAUUAAACAUUUAAUCAAGGAG